GCGCAAUAGGCGGCGCCGGGGGCGGCAUCCAAAUAAAACAAGAGCGAGCGCGGCACCGCCGGCGCACCCUAGGUGACCGUUCAAUCAAUCGGGCCCGCCCGACCGCCCCGGCGCGGCGCGCCGCGCCCGGCGCGCCAUGACGGCCAGCAACGCGGACAUCGACGCGCUGCUCGAGCGCGUCUUCCGCAAGGAGACGCUGAGCGAGCGCGAGAUCACGGGCGUCUGCGACCACGUCAAGGAAAUAUUGAAAAGGGAGUCGAACAUGCAGCUCGUGACCGCGCCCGUCGUCGUCGUCGGAGAUAUUCACGGCCAGUUCUACGACCUCUUGGAGUUGUUCCACAUCGCGGGGCGCCCGCCGCACACAAAUUACUUAUUUUUGGGCGACUACGUCGACCGGGGCCACUACUCGCUCGAGUGCGCGACGCUGAUGGUGCUGCUGAAGGCGCGGCACCCGCGGCGCGUGACGAUGAUCCGCGGCAACCACGAAAGCCGGCAGAUCACGCAGGUCUAUGGAUUUUAUGAUGAGUGCCUGCGCAAGUACGGCGACGCGCGCGUCUGGCAGGCCUUCACGCAGCUCUUCGACACGCUGCCGCUGAGCGCGGCGGUCGAGAACCGAGUGUUCUGCCCGCACGCGGGCCUUUCGCCGUCGCUGGACACGGUGGACCACGUGCAGCAGCUGAACCGCUUCCAGGAGAUCCCCCACGAGGGGCCCAUGUGCGACCUCGUCUGGUCGGACCCCGACGAGCGCUGCGGGUGGGGCAUCUCGCCGCGCGGCGCGGGCUACACCUUCGGCGCGGACAUCACGGAGCAGUUCCUGGCGACGAACGACUUCAAGUUCAUCGUGCGCGCGCACCAGCUCGUCAUGGAGGGCUACAGCUGGACGCACCCGAACACGUGCGUCACCGUCUUCUCCGCGCCGAACUACUGCUACCGCUGCGGCAACAUGGCGGCCAUCAUGGAGGUCGGCGACUCCAUCGAGGCGCGCCCCGACUUCGUCAUGUACGAGGCCUCGCCCGACCAGGGCGACAAGAAGGAGCUCAACCAGCGGAUGCCGGACUACUUCCUCUAGGCGCCGCGGUUAGUUGGCUAAAUUUUAGGCGGG